AUGCAUGGCACGGACAAGAACUCCUUCAGUUCGCUCAAAUAUUCCAACAUUCCUUUCCAUGGCCAAAAGACAGACCGAAAUCUAUGGCGUCUGAAUGAUGACGACAGCCGUCACACCUGGCACUUGCUUCUAGACGAAGCUGCUGCCCGCGACUGGCCACAAACCUACGCGGAAAAGUGGUUCCUGGACCUGCCUUUGGACCUGCCCUCUCUCCCCAAAGCCGACUCACCCUUGCAGGCUGCUCGGAAUGGCCUCACCUUCUUCGAGAAGCUACAACUGCCAUCCGGUCAUUGGGGAUGUGACAGUGGCGGCCCGAUGAUCUUUUGCGCCGGCAUUGUCAUGGCAUGGUUCGUGACAGACACGCCAAUCCCAGAGUCAACCAAGAUCGAACUCACCAACUAUCUACUUUCCCUAUUCGAUCCUGUUGAGGGAGGCUGGGGUCUUCACUCAACAGGAGAGAGCACUGUGUGCGGAACCGCAGUCAACUAUUGCGUCCUUCGAAUCCUCGGCAUGGACCCAGACCAUCCCGUCCUCAUGAGGGCUCGGAGCUUCAUACAGGAGAUGGGAGGAGCCAUCUACUCUUCCAUCUGGGGAAAGUUCUGGCUCUCAGUUAUUGGAGUCAUGAACUGGGACAUUGUCAAUCCCAUUCCGGCAGAAAUGUGGUUGCUCCCUGACUGGGUGCCCUUCGCUCCUUGGAGGCUUUACGCCGAGAUGCGCCUCGUAGCUCAGCCGAUGAGUUAUCUGUACACUACAAGAUGGCAAUACCAAGGCAGCCAGAACUUGGUUCAAUCCCUUCGAGAAGAACUCCUCCUUGACCCCUUUGAGAAGAUCAACUGGACCAACCAUCGCAACACCGUCGCUAAGGUCGACUACAAGCAGCCAAGAACGUGGCUUCUCAAAGGUGCUAGUUGGGCCUUUGUGAAUAUCUGGCAACCAUACAUACGACCAAACUUUCUCAAGAGAAGAGCCGAGGCUUGGGUCAGUCAACUUAUCGACAUGCAAGAUACCAAUACAGACUAUGGUGGUAUCGCAGCGACCGAUGCCCCGAUGAACACCGUCAUCGCUUACCUGCGAUAUGGCCGGGAUUCCGUCGCUUUCCAGAGACAUCUUGAUAGACUGCAAGAGUUCUUGUGGAUGACAUCCGAUGGCAUGCAAAUCAACGCCACGAACGGGAGUCAAUGUUGGGACACAGCCUUCUUGAUCCAAGCAGUAUGCCACUGCGGUUUUCAAAAUGAGGAAUUUUGGCGGCCGAUGCUUCUCAAGGCUUACCAAUUUUUGGAACGACAGCAGAUCCGAGAAAAUUGUGUCGACCAGGAGAAGUGUUAUCGUCAACCACGCAAGGGCGCGUGGGCGUUCAGCAACAAGGAUCAGGGCUUCGCUGUCAGUGACUGCAUCGCCGAGGCGUUGAGGGCUGUCAUGUUGCUUGAGAAGACUGGAAACUUCCCCAAGAUCUUUGAUGACCAACGCAUAUAUGAUGCUGUUGACUCAAUUUUACUCUAUCAGAAUGAUACCGGUGGUGUUUCCGCUUUUGAAGCUCGAAGAGGAGGGGAGUGGCUGGAAGGACUCAACAUCACCGAAAUCUUUGGCCGCCACAUGGUAGAUCACGACUACCCAGAAUGCACAUCAUCAUGCGUCACAACUCUCUGUCUCUUCAGGGAACAUUGGCCCAAUUACAGGAGGAAGGAAAUCGACAGCUUCAUUGAGCAAGGUGUAGCGUGGACCAAGAGAGCUCAGAGACCCGAUGGUAGCUGGUACGGAAGCUGGGGAAUUUGCUUCACGUACGCAACAAUGUUUGCUCUCGAGAGUUUGGCCAGUGCUGGGGAGUACUAUGAAACGAGCAACAGUGCUAAGCGGGCCUGUGACUUUCUCAUCUCGAAGCAGCGUGAAGACGGCGGCUGGUCUGAGAGCUUCAUGGGCUGCGAGACAAUGGAGUAUUGCGAAGAUCCCAGCGGAUCCCUUGUGGUCCAGACAGCGUGGGCCCUCAUCGGUCUAGUUGAGGCCAAGUACCCUGGUACCGAAGCUCUAGCAAAGGGAGCCAAGUUCCUGAUGAGCCGGCAACAGAGCAAUGGGGAGUGGCUCACUGAGGCUAUUCCAGGCUCUUUCCACAAUUUCGGUACCUUUUCUUACCCUAACUACAAGUUCACCUUUACUCUCAAAGCAUUAGGGUUGUUGGCGAGGAGAUGCCCUGAUUUAGAGACACCACUUGCCCAGGGUUGA